AUGACACAGAAAGUCCUCAGUCCAAAGGCGAUAGCCUGGGCUGUUAUUGCUCUCGCGACGGGCAUACUCUACCGAUCCAUCUUGCACAACAUCAUCUUUACUACUAUCGGCAUCGGACGAGAGAUCCAGUCAUUCGCCGAUUUCCCAUGGACCUGCAACCACCUCCGUCAUCCUCUACUUGAAGGCUGCGAAGAUAUAUGGCUUGAUGGCCUAGGGAGAAAGCUAUAUGCAACAUGUGCCAGUCUUGACUCCCGACUGGGCUGGUCUCCGGGAGGCAACAAAUACAACAUCUCCGCGAGAUCGCGCACGGAUCACAUCUCAGUGUUGAACAUCGAUCAGCCAGGACCUGAUGGGCUAUAUGGCCUGCGUCAACUCAAAGUCGGCGGAUACCAGGAUGAUUUGGAUCUGGUCGGGCUUGAUGUUCGCAGAAUUGAAGGCCGGCUUCGAUUUUGGUUGAUCAAUCAUAGACCUCCGGUCGACUCGGCUACUGGAGAGUUCCUGGAUGCUUAUGCAAUGGGUGCAAAUUCUACUAUUGAGAUCUUUGACCUGGAUGACGACACGGAGAUCUUGGAGCAUGUCAAGACCAUCGCCAGUGACGCGAUCAUCUCGCCUAAUAAUCUUGCUGUGGAGGAAGACGGUCUGGCUUUUGUCAUCACCAACGACCACAAUACCAAAACUGGCAUGUUUCGUGAUCUCGAGAUGCUGGUUGGUGGAGGUAGUCUGACAUACUGCCGAUCUGACACGGGGAGGUGUCAUGUUGCUGCGAAAGAUGGAUUCUCCUUCGCGAAUGGAAUCGUAUACGACAAGAAUGGGCUGUAUUAUGUGGCUCACUCGGUGACUGGACAUUUGACGGUGCACAAAAUGGUCGAUGGUCAAUUACUCAAGAUUGACGAGAUCCAUACUGGUUACCCCUUGGAUAAUCUGUCCCUUGAUGCCGAUGGAAACCUCAUUGCUGCAGCGUUCCCUAAUUCGAUUGCGUUUAUGAAGGCCAUGAGUAACCCUUAUAACGUGAAUGUUCCUGCUACUGUUCUCGCGGUUAAUAACAUUGCCCGUCAGAUCGAGGAACGCGGCGGGAAGAACAGCGAGGUCUUCAAGAUGGUGGAGGAUCGAGAUGCUAAGAGCCUUCCCAGCUCGACGGUUGCGGUACACGAUGUCAAGUCUCGCCGGCUGUUUCUGGCAGGUAUCCUCUCGCCAUUUGCUGCUAUCUGUGAGCAUGUCUAG